CCUCCAGGGAUUCCUCCGGGGAUUCCUCCAGGAAUUCCUCCGGGGAUUCCUCCAGGAAUUCCUCCGGGGAUUCCUCCAGGAAUUCCUCCGGGGAUUCCUCCAGGAAUUCCUCCGGGGAUUCCUCCAGGAAUUCCUCCGGGGAUUUUUCCAGGAAUUCCUCCGGGGAUUCCUCCAGGAAUUCCUCCGGGGAUUCCUCCAGGAAUUCCUCCGGGGAUUCCUCCAGGAAUUCCUCCGGGGAUUCCUCCAGGAAUUCCUCCGGGGAUUCCUCCAGGAAUUCCUCCAGGUUUUCCUCCGGGGAUUCUUCCAGAAAUUCCACCGGGAAUUCCUCCAGGAAUUCCUCCGGGGAUUCCUCCAGGAAUUCCUCCGGGGAUUCUUCCUAGGAUUCUUCCAGAAAUUCCACCGGGAAUUCCUCCAGGAAUUCCUCAAGGAAUUCCUCCGGGAAUUCCUCCAGGAAUUCCUCCGGGCAUUGCUCCAGAAAUUCCUCCGGGCAUUCCUCCAGGAAUUCCUCCGGGCAUUCCUCCAGGAAUUCCUUCGGGCAUUCCUCCAGGAAUUCCUUCGGGCAUUCCUCCAGGAACUCCUUCGGGCAUUCCUCCAGGAAUUCCUUCGAGCAUUCCUCCAGGAAUUCCUCCGGGCAUUCCUCCAGGAAUUCCUCCGGGCAUUCCACCAGGAAUUCCUCCGGGCAUUCCUCCAGGAAUUCCUCCGGGCAUUCCUCCAGGAAUUCCUCCGGGCAUUCCUCCAGGAAUUCCUCCGGGCAUUCCUCCAGGAAUUCCUCCGGGCAUUCCUCCAGGAAUUCCUCCGGGCAUUCCUCCAGGAAUUCCUCCGGGCAUUCCUCCAGGAAUUCCUCCGGGCAUUCCUCCAGGAAUUCCUCCGGGCAUUCCUCCAGGAAUUCCUCCGGGCAUUCCUCAAGGAAUUCCUCCGGGCAUUCCUCCAGGAAUUCCUCCGGGCAUUCCUCCAGGAAUUCCUCCGGACAUUCCACCAGGAAUUGCUCCGGGCAUUCCUCCAGGAAUUCCUCCGGGCAUUCCUCCAGGAAUUCCUCCAGAAAUUCCUCCAGGAAUUCCUCCAGAAAUUCCUCCAGGAAUUCCUCCAGGAAUUUUUACGGGAAUUCCUCCAGGAAUUCCUCCAGAAAUUCCUCCGGAAAUUCCUCCAGGUUUUCCUCCGGGAAUUCCUCCGGGAAUUCCUCCGGGAAUUCUUCCGGGAAUUCCUCCAGGAAUUCCUCCGGGAAUUCCUCCAGGAAUUCCUCCGGGAAUUCCUCUAGGAAUUCCUCCAGAAAUUCCUCCAGGAAUUCCUCCAGGAAUUCUUACGGGAAUUCCUCCAGGAAUUCCUCCAGGAAUUCCUCCAGGAAUUCCUCCGGGAAUUCUUCCAGGAAUUCCUCCGGGAAUUCCUCCAGGAAUUCUUCCGAGGAUUCCUCCAGGAAUUCCUCCGGGAAUUCCUUCAGGAAUUCCUCCAGGAAUUCCUCCGGGAAUUCCUCCAGGAAUUCCUCCGGGAAUUCCUCCAGGAAUUCCUCCGGGAAUUCCUCCAGGAAUUCCUCCAGGAAUUCCUCCGGGGAUUCCUCCAGGAAUUCCUCCGGGGAUUCCUCCAGGAAUUCCUCCGGGAAUUCCUCCAGGAAUUCCUCCGGGAAUUCCUCCAGGAAUUCCUCCGGGAAUUCCUCCAGGAAUUCCUCCGGGAAUUCCUCCAGGAAUUCCUCCGGGAAUUCCUCCAGGAAUUCCUCCGGGAAUUCCUCCAGGAAUUCCUCCGGGAAUUCCUCCAGGAAUUCCUCCGGGAAUUCCUCCAGGAAUUCCUCCGGGAAUUCCUCCAGGAAUUCCUCCGGGGAUUCCUCCAGGAAUUCCUCCGGGGAUUUUUCCAGGAAUUCCUCCGGGGAUUCCUCCAGGAAUUCCUCCGGGGAUUCCUCCAGGAAUUCCUCCGGGGAUUCCUCCAGGAAUUCCUCCGGGGAUUCCUCCAGGAAUUCCUCCGGGGAUUCCUCCAGGAAUUCCUCCGGGGAUUCCUCCAGGCAUUCCUCCGGGGAUUCCUCCAGGAAUUCCUCCGGGGAUUUUCUCCAGGAAUUCCUCUGGGGAUUCCUCCAGGAAUUCCUCCGGGGAUUCCUCCAGGAAUUCCUCCGGGGAUUCCUUCAGGAAUUCCUCCGGGGAUUCCUCCAGGAAUUCCUCCGGGGAUUCCUCCACGAAUUUCUCCGGGGAUUCCUCCACGAAUUUCUCCGGGGAUUCCUCCAAGAAUUCCUCCGGGGAUUCCUUCAGGAAUUCCUCCGGGCAUUCCUCCAGGAAUUCCUCCGGGGAUUCCUCCAGGAAUUCCUCCGGGGAUUCCUCCAGGAAUUCCUUCGGGGAUUUCUCCAGGAAUUCCUCCGGGGAUUCCUCCAGGAAUUUCUCCAGGAAUUCCUCCGGGAAUUCCUCCAGGAAUUCCUCCGGAAAUUCCUCUAGGAAUUCCUCCGGGAAUUCCUUCGGGAAUUCCUUCAGGAAUUCCUUAGGGAAUUCCUCCAGGAUAUCCUUCGGGAAUUCCUCCAGGAAUUCCUUCGGAAACUACUCCAGGGGUUCCUUCGGGAAUUCUUCCAGGAAUUCCUUCGGGAAUUCCUCCAGGAAUUCCUCCGGGAAUUCCUCCAGGAAUUCCUUCGGGAAAUCCUCCAGGAAUUCCUUCGGGAAUAGACCAUUCCCGUCUGACCUAACCCCUCUGUUUCUUAUUUUUCUUCGAAAGACAAUUGUUUUUGAUGACUAUUGCCGUUUUCAGAUUGUUUUUAUAUGUGCUCCUGAUUUUCUUACAAAUUUUCAAAAACUGUGAAACUCACCACAUUUUCAAAUGAAAUCACCAUGCGAAGUAGUUUUUGGUAAUCCUGUUCAUGGUGAAUAUUUUUUUCACCUCUCAGAAAAUGAGAAACACAUGGGAGCCCUAUGCUGUCAUGUUUGUUUACACUCGGAAACGUCAAACUAAUCAAACGAUUCCGAUGAUUCCGAUUCCACCCAGGAAGGUCAGCUCAAACAGAAUCGGCGGCGAAGAGGUCCCAUACGGACGCGACCACCUCAACCACUGAUUGGAUUGCUGAAGAUCAUCUUAGCCAAAAGAAAAAUUAUUGGAAAAAAAUAUACCGUGCGCUGUGCGCGAAAUCAACCAGCGGUCGUCGACAACAGCAAAAUAAAUAUCUAGGAGCGCAUCACGGACAUCAGCCGGAUCAGCUACAAGAAGUGCUACAAGGUCCAGAAAGAGCAUAGCAAGCUGGAUGUGAAAGAUGUGCGAUGCAGCCAUGAGCGCAUACAUGCACUGCAGGACAUCAGACGGAAAGUGAAAAGCCGAAACUGCCGCAGCGGCUGCUGCCAUGAUUCAAGCUGCUGGGCCCAAUGUUGAUCCGCGGGUUCCGAAAACGAAAAUUAGGUGAGCAGUUGAUCGUAGAUAGAAUAAUAGGAAUAAAACGAAACGAUAACGGACCCUAAACGCCAGAAGCAGGAUAGUGAGGCAGCGCCAGAGGCCGUCGGGUCCUACGGAAAGUGGCAAACGAUGAAGCACCCUGCAGGGAGCAACUACCGGUUGAUUUGAAAAUGCCGGCCGUUCCGGAUCCACUAUAUGUUCCAAGUGUGGUACUGGAAGUGAAGGAGAAGUUUUCGCAUCAAGGUUUCGGUCCUGGGACCGAAAAUUUCACCUCGUUCGCCUGCAUGUUCUUCCCGGUGAGUUGACAUUUAUCAAAAACAGCUGGGAUUUAGCGCAGCACACCCGUUUACUUUGCCAGAAUUCCCUUCUUCUUCUUCUUGGCGUAACGUCCUCACUGGGACAAAGCCUGAUUCUCAGCUUAGUGUUCAAUGAGCACUUCCACAGUUUUUAACUGAGAGCUUCCUCUGCCAAUGACCAUUUUGCAUGUGUAUAUCGUGUGGCAGGCACGAAGAUACUCUAUGCCCAAGGAGAAUUCCCAUCACAUGUUGAUAUUUACCGGUGACAUCCGAUGGGAAAGAUGAUUUUCGUGGUUCCUCUCCUGCUCGUCAAUCAACGAAUAUAAUGGGAAUUUCGGAUGAAGAUACGUUAGAAAUGACGGGGAAAGAACACCGGAAGUAUUGGACCGGAUCUUGGCAAAGUGAACGGUAUUCUACACGAAGCCUCAGCUGUUCUUGGCGGAUCUCUACUUACCUUGCAGAACUUCCCAGCGAACAAGGUGAAGUUGGCGAUUCCAGAGCCGAAGCCUUGAGGUGGAAUUAUCGAGAGUCA